AUGAUUUUUGCUUCUUUAAUAUUUUUCAUCUCACCAGUCUAUUCUUAGUAAAACUUUUAAAUUCUUUACGAUCAAAUUUAUGAUAACCCCUUCAAUGAUGUUCAAAGUUCAUUAUCUAAAGAUUAUAAAGCUUUAAAUAACCUAUUUGUUUAGUCGCCUGUAACAAUUUAAAAAUGCAAAGGUAACCAAAAAGAACUACCUUAUUAAAUAAUUAGCUUUUAGAAAGGAUAAAAGUUUAACUUUAACAUUUUGAUUCCUAAACCCUACACCAUACUAAUAAUGAAAAUUUUCACCUAUUAGCUAGAGGAAGAAUCUGGUAUUAGUGGCCCCUUUUAAUACAACUAUGAUGGAAAAACUAUGAGUGAUUCAUCAAUACCUCAUAAAAAGAUUGGAUAAAGAACUUCCUGUGAUGGUAACAGCUAAUACAAUCUUGUGGUAGACUAAUUAUAUUUUAAUCCUAUAGGAGCUUCCUCUUCUACUUCUUAGAUUAAAAUUUAAGGAAUAGCUUAGGGUAAUGUUGGUCUAUAAGCUUUAACUGUUUAUUUCUAUCCCAUACCAGAUAAUUGCGCUUAAUAUGAAAAGGACAAUAAUUUUAACAUUUGUGUGUAGUGCCGAACUGGUUAUUUUUUAUAUAAUGGUCAAUGCUACUAAAACUGUCCACCUAAUACUAUAAAAACUAUUAAUUAAACAGAGUGUGUUGAUAUAAGUUUGUGCACAUAUUCCAAAAAUUUAUCUAGUAUAUUUAUUAGCCAAUAUAACUGUGGAAACUGUGAAAAGGGAUAUUAUGAUAGUAAUUAAAGUUGUACGAUGAUUUCAACACUUUGCAUAACUUGUAGUUUAUGUGCUGGCUAUGUUAUAGAUAAUAAUUAGUGUAUUCUUUAAUGUCCUAAAUAAACAUAUACUAAUGGUGGAGUUUGCAAAACAUGCGAUGAUCCGAAUUGCUUAAUUUGUUCAAAAAAUUCCUGCUCUAAGUGCAAUGUAGGAAAUUAUUUAUAAGAUGGAGCAUGCUAAAGCUGCAUUUAGAACUGCAGUGUUUGCAGUAAUGGGAACGAAUGCGAUACUUGCUCAGAUGGAUAUUAUUUAGUUGAAGAUUCUAAAGUAUGUACUUAAAAAUGCCCCUUAGGUUACUUUCUUGAUAAAAUUGGACUUAAAUGCUUAAAAUGUAGCUAAUAAAAUUGUGAUAAGUGUAUUGAUAAAUCUUAAACCUCUUGCUAACAAUGCAAUAAAAACUCUAUAUUAGAGUUAAAUUAGUGUGUUGGCAUUUGUACUUCAGAUUCUUAGUCUAAAUGUUUUAAUUGUGACGAAAGUUGCUCAACUUGUUCAGGUCCUAACUCAUCUUAAUGCAUAUAGUGUGCAGCUGAUUAUAAAAGGUACAAAGAGUUGUGCUAUAAAACUUGCCCCGAUUAUACUUUUUAUGAUGAAAAUUAGAAAUAAUGUGUUGAUUGCUAUGAUAAUAAAAACUGUUUGUAGUGUUCAAGUAAGGAAUAAGGUUUUUGCCUAAAAUGUAAUGAAAAUUCAACUGUUUUAGUGAAAGGCUAGUGCUUAACUCCCUGCUUAGAUACUUAAUUUAGAAGUAAUAUAGAUAGCACAUGCAAAGAUUGUCCUAUAAAUUGUGUUAAAUGUCUAUUAUAAAAUUCAAUCGAUGACACUGGUAUAAUUUGCUAAAAAUGUAAUGAAAAUUCAACUGUCUUAGUGAAAGGCUAGUGUUUAACUCCUUGCUUAGAUACUUAAUAUAGAAGUAAUAUAGAUAAUUCUUGUAAAAAUUGUCCUAAAAAUUGCUCUAAGUGCAUAUUAAAAAAUACAAUUGAUGAUACUGGUAUAAUUUGUUAAAAAUGUAAUAGCAAAUACUUUCUAUUUUAUUAAACCUGUAUUGGAUAAUGUCCUCUCUCUUUUUAUUAAGAUGAAUUAAAUUAAAUAUGUAUCCCUUGUGAUGAUAAGAAUUGUGAAGAUUGUCAAAAUAAUUACAAAAUUUGUAGAAAAUGUAAAAGUACAAAAUAUUUGUAUCAAGAUUAGUGCUAAGAUAAGUGUCCAAAUGGAUUUAAGCCAGAUAAUUUAAAUAUUUGCAAAGAUUGCUCAAAAUUAGAUUAAUUUCCUUGUUUAAAAAUUGGGUAUUAAAUUUAAGAUAAUGGGGAGAAUAGUGCUCUAAUUAUAUUUGAUCAAAAAAUAACUUUAAUGGAUUAGUAUUUAAGCAGCAUCACAUUAUAUUUGAAUGGGAAGCCUUUGAAUUUUUAAUAUAGUUUGAAGCAAAAUAGUGAUAACACAAUUAAAAUAUAAUUAAUAAUAGAUUAAAAUAUUGAAGAAAGAAUUUAUACACUUCAAGCUAAUUUUUAAAAUUAUUAAGAUUUAUCACUUAAAACUUCAUAUGCAACUGCUAAUGUAAAUUUAGUUUCCUAAAAAUAGUAGCCUAAAAACAAUGAAACUGAGGAUGUCAGCUAAACAUCACAGGGAUUGUCAAUGGCGACAAAGACUGCUUCUCAAGUUGCUCUUGCUUCAAUUAUACCACUAUAGAUCACAGGACAGUUUUAGUUUAUAGCUUCAGUUAUAGAUGUUUCUUAACUUAUUUAUGUUAUGGGAUUUGCAAAUGUUAACAUUCCUAAUAACCUUAAAGUGUUUUUCGAUUCACUGAAAGACUUCAAGAUACCAUUUAAAAAUUAUUUUGAAAGCAUGAAUGACUAUAGCAAAAUUGAUUAUAAAUCACCAGAAAAAUUUAAAGACAAAGACAUACAAGGAUUCUUUUUAGAAAAUGCAGGAGAUAGUAUCUCUCUUAGUUGUUCAUUGAUGGCUAUACAUAUAUUUUUAUAUAUCAUAAUCAAGAUGACAUAAAAGUUUUAGAAAAUUUCAAAUUUCAUUAAAAAGGGAGUUGAUACUAUUUUAAACCACGCCUUCUAUCUAGAUUUGCUAUGGGGCUUGUAUAUGGAUUUAAGCUUAGGAUUUUUUUUGCAAAUAACAGCAAUUGAAGAAAUAGAAUAUAAAGAGGAAAUAGUUAAUUAUAUUAUUUGUGGAAUAACUCUCUUUCCAUUAUUAUUCCCAUUAGCACUAAUUUACAUAAUCAGAAAAGAAAAAUUUCCUAAAAUAGUAAAAGUUGUUGUUGAAGAUCUAGCUUUUAGGUAUUAUUAAGCUGUAUUAUAUGCCAGAAAAUUUAUAAUGAGUUUUGUUAUUGUAGUUUUCUAGUUUUAGCCUUUAUUACAGAUCAUUCUGCUUAUUGUUUGGCAUUUUGUGAUGGCUCUGAUUAUAUUGUAUAAGAAUCCAUAUGAAAAAAGGAUUAAAAAUUUGCGUGAAUUUUUUUAAUCAGUUCUUUUUUUAAGUGGAACAAGUAUACUUCUAGUAUUUGAAACAUAUGAUUUAGAAGAAGAUAAGAGCUAAUUAUUUGGAUGGAUAACUAUAAUUAUCUUUGGAAUAAUAAUUGUUUUUGAACUAGGUUUCUUUAUUAAAGAUAUGAUAUUCAUGAUUUUCGAAUUAACAAAAAAGAUAAUCAUACUAAUUAAAUCUAGAAAGAAAUUGAAAGUGUAGGCUCUAUCUCCUUGUUCAGAUAAAGCUAAAAGUCAACCUAUGCAAUACGAAAAAGAUGAAAGUGAAACUAAGUCAAAGUAGAACUAAAUAAUAGUAGAUAAUGACCAAGCUAAUUUUGAAGAUAAAUAUGAUAUUUAAAAAUAAUCUGGAAAAAUGAGAAAUAGUUUCUUAGCUCCUCCUUCUAUUAUUUCUUUCUUAACGUAUAAUGACAAAAGAAAUUUAAAAAAUUAGUACUAAGAUGUUACAGCUACAAGUAGAUAAGAUUUAGACUCAUAAAAUCAUUAAAAUUAAGUUUAAAUAAACUCAUAAAAUUAAAUUGACACUCAAAGAAUUUUUUCUAGCUAAAAGCUUUCAAGUGACUUUACUUCUUAAAGAGAAGACAAAAAAGAAGGCCAGUUAUUAAAUAUUCCUAAAUCAAAAGAAUAAUAAUAGUCUUCAAUUUACGAUAGCUCAUAUGAUAUCCAAUCUCAUAAUAAUUCAUAGCAAGUUACCUGCGAAGUUAUAUCUCCUUUGCCUCGUACUAAAAGAAAAAGAAAACAAAACUCUACUUUCUCUUUAAAAUAAUUUUUUGAUGAUAAAAUUAGGAUAAUUGAAGAAAAAUGA